AUGGUAGAGGUAAAUCCUGGAGAGGAACAAAUAAGUGAAGCGGCGGGCGUUGAGCAUAGUCAAAUUAGAUAUAGAGGCACAAAUUACUUUUUUGAACUUGGAGAAGCUGCUGAAGAGGCUGCUAUGAUUAUCAUAUCAUAUCUUUUUUAA